AUGUCAUUAGUAAAUUCAGCAUCAUUCACGUUCUCGCCGUUGAGACAGAGAAGAAUAGCUAAGAUUUUGACCAGUCCCAAUCUCACAUACACACAUGAGGGCAUUAAUAUGGCUGAUCUGAUGGGAGAUGGACAGCCGCAUGAUUGUGCGCCCAUCACCGAGAGAGCAUCCAAAGUAAGAGAAGAUCUGUCUGCGAUGCCAUUAACAACCCCACCAUCAGUUAUGACAUUGUUCACAGAUGGUUGUUGUUUCAGAGCAGAGGAUGGGAGCCUGAAGGCAGCCUAUGCAGUAGUUGAACAGGUGGGAAGCUCAUUAGUGACAAGAGAUGCAGGGAAGUUAGAAGGAAAACAGUCAGCACAGAGAGCAGAGAUGAUAGCAGUGACAAGAGCCCUGUACUACGCUGGUGAGACCCGUGUGAACAUAUAUUCCGAUUCAGCAUAUGUUGUAACAGCUGUCCACGUGGAAUUGCCCUUAUGGCAGAGAUGUGGGUUCACUACAUCAACAGGUCGACCAAUUACACAUGCAUGUGAAGCCAGGGACCUUUUAGAGGCCCUGAUGAUACCCACAGAAGUGGCAGUAAUAAAGUGUCCAGGUCACUCCAAAAGUGACUGUCCUAUCGCUGAUGGAAACAAUGCAGCUGAUCUAGCUGCCAAAACUGCAGCUGGUUAUGUUGCAACUCAGCAGAUGGUGAGAUCAGACAGAGCCUGUAGUGAUCUUUUGCCUCGUUUCACUCGAGAAUAUUUGGUCAAAGAACAACAGAAAUCUGCCCCAGAAGAACAAUCAGUCUGGUUGCAGCAUGGAGGUAUAUGCUCGCCAGAUGGUCUAUGGCAAGCGACAGACGGACGUCCGGCAUUGCCUGUCUCUCUGACCGGUUCAAUGUUAACACAAGCCCAUGGGGUGAGCCAUGUCAAUGACAAACAAAUGAUGCGGGCCCUUGAACAUUGGUGGCAUCCAUUUUUGCAGUCCAUCGUGUCAGGUCAUGUGACGAGUUGUUGUAUUUGCCAGGAACACAAUGUGAAACCUAGCAUCAAACCCAAACGGGGGUGUUUCCCUUUGACAUCUGGUCCUGGGGAGGAAAUUGUCAUUGAUUUCACAGACAUGAUCACUAAAGUGCAUGGCAAACGCUAUGUUUUGGUGAUUGUUGAUUAUUUCACUGGUUGGCCAGAAGCAUAUCCUGUCGGUCGAGAGGACAGUACGGCUGUGAUCAAGUGUUUAAUCAAUCAAUAUAUACCACACUAUGGUUUUCCAUGUCGUAUCAAAUCCGAUAACGGUAGCCAUUUUAAAAAUGAACAUCUAAAAGUGGUUGAACAGGCUCUAGGCCUCACACAUGCGUAUGGUGCCGUUUACCAUGCGGCCAGCCAAGGUAAGGUUGAACGCCUUAACCUGACGAUUAAACUAAAAUUGGCUAAAAUCUGUGCACAGACUAAAUUGAACUGGCUGUCAGCUUUACCCAUUGCUCUCAUGUCUAUUCGUUCUUCUGUCAACAGGAUCUCAGGCUUUACACCUUUUGAAUUGCUUACAAGUCGUCAAUUUCCAGGCCCAACCACGGCGUUAAGAGAGGACAGCGUGCAACCUUUGUCACAUACUGUGUAUUUUGAUAAACUAACAGCUCUGAUUCGAACCUUUUCCCAUCAGGUAACCCCUGUUCCAGCUGAACCACUCACCCCAGCCACAGCUGACUGGGUCAGGAUCAGGAUCUUCCGCAGAAAGUGGAGUGAACCACGGUGGUCUAAACCCCAUCGAGUAACAGCUCGCACCUCACAUUGUGUGCAACUCCAAGGCAAAGGAGACACUUGGUUCCAUUUAACAUCCUGUGUAGCUUGUGACCCACCUUCUAGGUCUCUUGCUGACACUGGUUUGGACCUGAGGACUCAGGUCCAAGAGAGGGAGGAUACAGAUACAGAGAGUGACGGUAAAACAGACAAUGAAAUUGCCACUGGACAACACCAACAGCUCCAAAAUAUACACAAAACAGGCAAUAUUGUGGUCUAGAUAAACUAGACUUCAAGAAAAUGCAAAAGAUUCUGAGUGAAGUGUUCACAGACGUGGACAUACAAAUAACAAUUUAUUCCUUA